AUGCAAGAUCCAAGGAGAAGUGUUUACAGAGAGCUGAUACGAUCAUCUCCUUCGUCUUCUGAUCCAUUUUCAACUUCUUCUAUUUCUCUAUCUUCCUUUAUUUUGUUGCAACUCGCAUUCUCCAAAGCCCUAGUAUCUUCGUCUCCUGCCUCGGCAGAUUCGUGGAAGCACGCCGGUACCACUGAAACAGCGUCGUCUAAUCGGAGCUAUACCGGCGAACAGUCGGUUCCCGAUUUUCAGCCGGCGAUAAUGGCGAACAGAACGGAUCCGUUGGCUAAGAACAUAAGAGGGACGAACCCGCAGAAUCUGGUGGAGAAGAUCGUGCGGACGAAAAUCUACCAGCACACUUUUUGGAAGGAGCAAUGUUUCGGUCUCACGGCGGAGACGCUGGUCGACAAGGCUAUGGAGCUCGACCACAUUGGUGGAACAUUUGGUGGUAACCGCAAGCCCACUCCGUUCCUUUGCCUCAUAUUGAAGAUGCUUCAAAUCCAGCCUGAGAAAGAAAUCGUCGUGGAGUUCAUAAAGAACGAUGAUUACAAAUAUGUUCGUAUUCUUGGUGCGUUCUAUCUCCGUCUCACUGGGUCUGAUGUUGAUGUCUAUCGAUACCUCGAACCUCUCUACAAUGACUACCGAAAAGUUAGGCAAAAGCUAGCUGAUGGACGUUUUUCCUUGAGUCACGUGGACGAAGUCAUUGAGGAACUUCUAACCAAGGAUUAUUCUUGUGAUAUUGCAAUGCCACGCUUGAAGAAAAGGUGGACGCUGGAACAGAAUGGUUCUUUAGAGCCAAGGAAGAGUGUUUUGGAAGACGACUUUGAAGAAGAAGAAGAAAAGGAGGAGAAUGAAGGGAUUGCGGAUGGAUCUGAAGAUGAGAAGGAUCAUCACCGUAAGAGUCCUGAGAGAGAAAGAGACAGAGACAAAGACAGGAGACGCGACAGUCAUAGACACAGGGAUCGUGAUUAUGAUAGAGACUAUGAUAUGGAUCGAGAUUAUGACAGGGACUAUGAAAGAGAACGUGGGCGUGGUCGAGACCGAGAUAGGGAGAGAGACAGAGAUCACUAUAGAGACCGGGACAGGGAGAGGGAACGAGGCAGAGAUAGAGAACGAGACAGAAGAGACAGGACACGUCGUAGAAGUAGAAGCAGAAGUAGGGAUCGUAAGAGACACGAGACAGAUGAUGUCCGGGAUAGGGAGGAACCAAAGAAAAAGAAGAAGAUGAGGGAAGAUGGAACUGAUCAUCCAGAUCCUGAAAUUGCAGAAGCUAACAAACUGAGAGCAUCUCUGGGAUUGAAACCUUUGAAAUAA